AGCGUUUUUAAAGCCUCGCGCUGGAGAGCCCAGCUGUAAUUUUGUGUUUAACGGGCGGCUGUAAACUGUAAAAUAGCACUCCGUCAUAUAUAAGUUGCCAUUAUGUCAUUAUGUCGCUACCUCGAGCUCACAAUUCAACACGGAGGGGGGGUGUGGGAAAGUUCAGUAUUUGGGACCUUUUUAGCCAAUCACUGACACGUUAAGGUGGAUGUAACCAAUGGCAGCGCAGGGGCAGCUGAACCCGGAAGUUUAUACUUUUGUACUUUUCUGAACAAGAAAGCCUCCUGCUCUCACUCCACCACACACCAGCACGCUUGGACGCAGAGCUGCGAUGGCCAAGUGGCUGAAAGACUACCUGAGCUUUGGCAGCAGGAAGGUGCCUCCGCAGCCGCCCACACCAGACUACACAGAGAGUGAGAUCCUCAAAGCCUACCGGCUCCAGAGGGACCUGGACUUUGAGGAUCCCUAUGAGGACUCUGAAAACAGAUCCAGGGGCGAGUCUCAGACGUCUGACCCCGCCACACCUGUGUAUGGGUCUCCCAUGAAGUCAUCCACUGUGGACCUGAAAUCUCCCAAACACAGGCUGAUCAAAGUGGACUCCCAGGAGCUGGGGCGCACCAAGAUCCUGCUCAGUGCCAUCUCUUUGGAGGAUCAGCAAGAACCUGUAAGAGCCUCAGUUUCUCAGCAUGUGUUUGUAGGAGCUCAGGGCAAGACGCAGGUGAUGACAAAUUAAAUUUCUUAUGCGGAGGAUGAAGGAUAAAAAAACACUAUCCCACUUCUCUCUCAUCCCAUUUCCAUCACUGUGACAGCUUUAUUGAUCAGACUCCAUAAACGAGUGACUGGUAAUGUGUGUCUCAGAUAUGCAUUGUUUACAUAAAUCACAUUACAUCCCAUGCACCACAUAAAUUCACUACUGUAGAUGGAGGAAAGAAUUAUUGAUAGCUUGAGCGGACCAUUGAGUCUGAGAGGGUCACAGUCCCGUGAGUUUAUGUCCUUCCAUAAAUAAUAAAUGAGGUUUAGUUUUGCAAGCUGAGAGAGACCCCCGCAUGAGCACAUGUUAGGGGCCAUAUACAGUACGCCGUAUGGUGAUAUGCCAAGAGCCACAGGGAGGUAUAAUUUAUACUCCGGUGCUGUUUGUGUCAUCAGAACUGCAGUGCUCUCCCGGCGAUGUACUGUGUAUGUUGUGCUGUAGAGAACAUACACAGCGACUGCACAGAAAAAAGGCAAACAGAUGUUGAGAGAGCCACCGGAGCGGAAGCAAAGGUUUAACAAGAAAAUGGUCUUCACAUUAAUUCAGCUCACAUAUGCUGAGUAGGUUAGGGAGUAUUUCGGGGUUUUCAGCGCUGCAGUUAAAUCCAUGACUCCACUCAUGGAAAAUGCUACAAGUGCGCAAAGUCCUGAAGUGGAUUGAAGUAAUAGUCUUAACUGAAGUCGAUAGCUCCCCCCCUCUACCCCACUCUCCUCCUGCUCUCAUUAAUUUCCCAGGGUCUGUGGGAAACAUCCGCACUCUAAUUAACAUUGCAGAUUCCUGUGCAUCGAUAGAUAACCUGUUACAGAAUCAACAUGGGAUUAGAAUGUAAUUUCGUGGGGGCGCAUGCAUGUCUAGCAGGAAUUUGGGAAGUGAGCCUUGUCCCAGUGACUUCCUUUGUCCUGGAGAUGGGGAGAGAGCACUUUGCCAAAAUGUGUAUGUGUUUGCAGGUAUGUGCUCAUGUAUGUGUGUGUUUGUGGCCAUAUGGCUGCCUUUGAAUCUGUCACUGUGCCGGAUGACUGGUGUUUUCCUCCUGCGCUUGCUUGAAGGAACAAAUGCUCCCGACCAACCAACCAGGAUCUUCUUUACUCUCUGCGUUCUCUUUCCACUGCCAAAAAAUACAUCAUCCUCAGACAGGACAAUUUCUGGCUGUAUAUAACUUAAAUGUAGCAACAAACAUACCAUACAGUCCUUUCUUCAAAGGUUUUAAGAGGGAACUACAUAUGGUAUAGCUGCUCCAUAUGCACAGCAUUGGUUUGGUUUGGUUUUGUGAUGUUGCACACUAAAGAUGCAAAUUAGCGUCUUGAUGACACUCCAAAAGCGUUUUUGU